CCCCCAUUAGGCGCGCGCCGGGAACCCCGCCUCCCGGCCCGGAAGUGCGCGCGCGCCGGCAAGAUGGCAGCUGCGGCGGGACCGCUCCAGCGCCUCCGCCGCUUGUGUCGCGUGCUGCUCUUCCUCUCGCAGUUCUACAUUCUAUCUGGUGGUGGAUCCUUAAAUUUAGAGCAUUCGCAGCCGCUGGCUCAGGCAAUAAAGGAUCCGGGCCCAACACGUACAUUCACAGUAGUUCCCAGGGCAGCAGAAAGUACCGAAAUCCCACCCUAUAUGAUGAAGUGUCCAAGCAAUGGUUUAUGUAGCAGACUUCCUGCAGACUGUAUAGACUGUGCUACAAAUUUCUCCUGUGUCUAUGGGAAGCCUGUCACUUUUGACUGUACAGUGAAACCUUCUGUUACAUGUGUUGAUCAAGAUUUCAAAUCCCAAAAGAGCUUUAUCAUCAACAUGACUUGCAGAUUUUGCUGGCAGCUUCCUGAAACAGAUUAUGAGUGCUCCAAUUCCACCAGCUGCAUGACAGUGUCCUGUCCUCGGCAACGUUACACUGCCAACUGCACGGUGCGGGAUCACAUCCAUUGCUUGGGUAAUCGUACUUUUCCCAAAAUGCUAUACUGUAAUUGGACUGGAGGUUAUAAGUGGUCGACUGCUCUGGCUCUAAGCAUCACACUAGGUGGGUUUGGAGCAGACCGCUUCUACUUGGGCCAGUGGCGUGAAGGCCUGGGCAAGCUCUUCAGCUUUGGUGGCCUGGGAAUAUGGACACUAAUAGAUGUCUUGCUAAUUGGAGUUGGCUACGUGGGACCAGCAGAUGGCUCUUUGUACAUUUAGCUGUGGUUAUGUGCUUCAGAGAGGAGCAGUCCUUAGGAAAAGGUCUAUUGGCCUAUAGUAACUGAUGUGUUGUGAGUUGUGUGUUUGUAUGUUUUUAAUGUACAGCAUCUGUACUUUGCUUGCCUUGAUAAAGGUAAAAUAAAGAAGUUAAACACUGAACAUGCUAACCUGGAAUUUGUUUUUAUUUACCUGAAUUAUUUUUUUUCUGUGAAAAAAUAUAAACUUAAACCCAGAAGAACAAAUUUUGCAGUGAUGGAAAGGCCAUUUAAUUCCAUGAAGUUAGUUUUAUUGUUGCUUGAGUCAAUCUGGUUUGUAUCUCCAACCUGAAGGGGAUGUCUUGAAAAGCCAUUCAGCUGUGAAUGUAGAGAAUGGGUGAGCUCUGAUUCUGUUAUCUAACUAAGGUUUUCUAUGUCUGCUUCAGUCAUCUUUUGAGCUUUGCAGUAUAGUCUGGUCUUUAUAAAGUAAAAUGUAGAACUUAUGUGUUUAGUUACCAUGAUUCAAAUUUUGUUAAUAAAGUAGAGGGUUGCAAAUGUAUUAAAAUUAAUAAAAUUACACUUUAAGAAA